CAGCGUCAGUCAGCAGUUUCAGUCAUAGUGAGAGUGAGCAUUGUUGAGUGUGUACCCUGAUCGUGGUAUUUUAAAAGUUUCUUAGUUUUGAACAUAAUUGGGCAUGUAAUAAAUAUCCCAAGGUGUAAUUCCUCCAAAGUUCUUCGAAAAAAGCCAAAAUUGCUUCCAAAAUGCAAAGCGUGAGUGCUCCCCGUGAGCCCGCGCCUCCUGUAAUCAGCACGAGCUCCACAAUCCUCAAUAUGAGGGAAAAAGAGAAAUACAUCGAAGAUUUCGACUUUCCGUUCUGCGACGAGUCUUCUAAGUACGAAAAGGUGGCGAAAAUCGGUCAGGGGACAUUCGGGGAAGUGUUCAAAGCACGAGCGCGGAACAGCAGCAAGAAAUUCGUUGCCAUGAAGAAAGUGCUCAUGGACAAUGAGAAAGAAGGCUUUCCGAUCACAGCACUUCGAGAAAUCAAGAUCCUUCAGCUCCUGAAACACGAAAACGUGGUGAAUUUAAUCGAAAUAUGUAGAACGAAAGCUACAUUGCACAACAAAUAUAGGUCAACAUUUUAUUUAGUGUUCGACUUUUGUGAACACGAUUUGGCUGGCUUAUUGUCGAACGUGAACGUCAAAUUUAGUUUAGGAGAGAUCAAGAAAGUGAUGCAGCAGUUAUUGAAUGGUUUAUAUUACAUACACAGCAAUAAGAUAUUACACAGGGACAUGAAGGCUGCAAAUGUGUUGAUAACGAAGAAUGGCAUUUUGAAGCUAGCAGACUUCGGUUUGGCGCGGGCUUACAGCGUGGCCAAGUCGGGGCAGGCCAACAAGUACACCAACCGAGUGGUGACACUGUGGUACCGGCCGCCGGAGCUUUUGUUAGGUGAUAGAAACUACGGCCCUCCGGUGGACAUGUGGGGCGCUGGCUGCAUCAUGGCGGAGAUGUGGACGCGGUCACCCAUCAUGCAGGGCCCGACGGAGCAGCAGCAGCUGAUCCUGAUCUCGCAGCUGUGCGGGUCCUGCACGCCGGACGUGUGGCCCGGCGUCGAGAGCCUCGACCUCUACAACAAGAUGGAGCUGCCCAAGGGACAGAAGAGGAAGGUCAAGGAACGGCUGAAGCACUACGUCAAGGACCCCUACGGCUGCGACUUGCUGGACAAGCUGCUGCAGCUGGACCCGGCCAAGAGGUACGACGCGGACACGGCGCUGAACCACGACUUCUUCUGGACGGAUCCCAUGCCGUGCGAGCUCGCCAACAUGCUCGGCCAACACUCGCAGAGCAUGUUCGAGUACCUCGCGCCGCCGCGCAGGCCGGGGCACCUGCGGCACCACCACCACGUGGCGGGCGCGCAGCCCAAGCCCGCGCUGGACUCUGGUUACCAGGACCGCGUGUUCUGAGCGCCGCACACCACAUCGUGUAAAAGAGAGGACGUGUGAACGCAAUACGUGUUGUACGGUAGCUUCAAGGAAAAAUUAUUUCUUUGUAAAAAACUUUUUUUUUAAUUUUGGACUGACUGAAAGAAUAAUAAUUUUAUGUUAUUUUUUUACCCCCGACGGCUAAGUGUUAAGUUCCAAGCUUAACGUGUCUGUGUAUCUGUAUGUCAGUGGUACUGAACCGAUUCUGAUUUGAUUAUUUGUUUUUAUUUGAAAGAUAAUUUGAGUUUUCUUGUCUAUGUUUUGAAUCCGUCAGCUGUUUUCUAACGGACGAGAGCGACUUAGGUCGGGGUUUCCUUCAAUGUUUAAUUUAGUUUUUCAUUCUCGGUCUACCCUCGUGGGAACAAGCGUGAUAAUAUGGAAACAACCUUUUUUUCUUACAAGUGUUAUUAUGUAAACAAUCGUGCAACUACUUUUAAAGAAAUUACUUUCGCGGUCGAUAAAUGUUUUACUUUAGAAUUUAGAAUGAUGAAUGAUGUUUAUUUUCAACAAUAAGUAGUGUUACGGUUGUUCACACAUUGGACUCGUCAGAAAAAAACGCUGUAGUUAAGCGGUUCCCUAUUUUUAUGCAUACAAUUUAAUGUCAUAAUUUAACAUGGCAUACUUUUACUGAUCAUAAUAAUAGUUACGCACAAUAUUCAUUUGGCAUAAUGUUUUAGGCACAAUUUUUUUACGCAUACCUACCAUAAGCAUAACAAUUUUAAGCAUAAUAUUCAAAAGCAUAUUGGCGGCUUAUGUGUGGCCCGAGCGUCGCCCCGCCGCACCUAAAUUAUGGUAAAAUACAUUAGCCUCAACUAUAAUUAAGCUUAUAGAAAAGGUAUGCCAGAAAACAAGUAUGUCAAAAUAUUAUGCCUAAAUCGUCAUGUUAAAUUAAAUUAGGAUAAAAAAUUUAUGCGAAAAAAAAGGGAUCCCAAGUAAAGCUGGCUUCAGCGUUACCUGCAGGUAGCUUCGUGGGCGCUGGCGCGCCACCGUGCUGAGCUUGUGAUGUAAAUAUCCCAACUAUGGAAUAAAAAUGGCUGUCAAUGAUGACUAUGACGAGUGUAAAUAUGUAAAUAUCAAGAUUUGUAAAUAACAGCCCGUCCCGGCUUCGCUCGUGUAAAAACAUGAUGAAUUGUAUAAUUCGUGUAAUCUAAACUAUUAUUAUAAAGGGGUAAGCGUUUGUGAGUUUGCAUGUUUGAGGCGAGUAAUUGUAACAUUCCGUCGCUACCGAACCGAUUUCAAAAAUUCUUUCUCCAUUUGAAAGGUACCUACAUUAUCAAAGAUUGCUAUAGGCUGCAUUUUAUAUCAAAAUUCCCACGGGAGCGAAGCCCCGGGCAACAACUAGUAACUAGUAUACCUCAACCUCAGAGAUCAAAAUUCCGCCGAAAACAUACAAAAAACCCGUCCGAUUGUUUUGGAGUUUAUCGCGUUCAUACAGACGCGACAUGCGUAUAUACUUGUGUAACAAAUAUUUUCCUGCCAAAUACACUCAAUGUGUUUACCGUUAUUCAUAAAAAUGUUACAAACCUAAUCAAAUUAACAUAUGUUUCUUCCAAAUGUAAAUAAAACUUAUACAUACAAUAAUACAUUUCCAUACAAACUCCCCGCCAUCUCAUACGAAGCGGCAGAUUGGACACAGUGGGAGACAAGAUAUUAGUUCUGCUAUUCCUAUUUCUUCUUGUGAUCUAAUACGUGUUUGUUUUCAUUGUAUUAGUGAAACUAAAAAGUUAUGUAUGUCACACAUACACUUUAACUGAUUUUGAAGAGAUCAAAAACUUCUAGAAUCUCUCGGGAGUUGAACCCGCGUGUUCCAUAGAAGUAUUAAAUGAUGUUGUCAAUGUAAAGUGUGUCUACUGAAGACAACUUAAAGCUCACUUUUCAAUGAAUCUUGUGGUGAAUGAGUGUAACAUGACCUUUUACUUAUUUUAUAUAUUUUGUAAGAAUGUACUUAUUGUAAAAUAUUAUGUGUAAGACAAUAAAAAUUUCGAAAUAAA